CCCUCAUUCCAGAACAGAGACGUCGGAGGCUCCCGGGCUGGAAGGACUCCCGCCGAGGCUGCCCCUUCCUCCUCCAUGUCCUUGCUUCAGGGGUUAGGGCACUCCUAGCCAGCAGCACCAGGAUCAUCAAUCCUGCUGAGCCCCCCUGGAAUCCUACUUCCCCUGGGAGUGUUCUUGGAGUGGAAGGGUCGGUCUCUCCCGUGGGUGACUGAUACUCCCUGCUGUCUGGCCACUCCUCCCUCAUGCCGCUCGGACUAGGCCGCCGGAAGAAGGCCCCUCCGCUGGUGGAGAAUGAGGAGGCUGAGCCCAUCCGUGGCAGCUUGGGUGGGGUGGAGGUGGGCAAUGGCAGCAGCGUGGCAGCCCUGCAGCCCGGCCUGCCACCGCCGCCUGCCAGCCUCCGCCCUCGACUGGUGUUCCACACUCAGCUGGCCCAUGGCAGUCCCACUGGCAGGAUUGAGGGCUUCACCAAUGUCAAGGAGCUGUACAGCAAAAUUGCAGAGGCUUUCAAGAUCCCGCCAGUUGAGGUGAUGUUCUGCACCUUAAACACCCACAAAGUGGACAUGGACAAGCUGUUGGGUGGCCAGAUCGGUCUGGAGGACUUCAUCUUUGCACACACAAAGGGCCAGAGGAAGGAGGUGGAGGUCUUCAAGUCCGAGGAGGCCCUGGGCCUGACCAUCACUGACAAUGGAGCUGGCUACGCAUUCAUUAAGAGGAUCAAGGAAGGGAGCGUCAUAGACCGGAUCCAGGUCAUCAAUGUGGGCGACAUGAUUGAGUCCAUCAAUGGGCAGAGCCUCAUCGGCUGCCGGCACUACGAGGUUGCCAAGAUGCUCAAGGAUCUGCCCAAAGGCCGCACCUUCACGCUGAAGCUAACAGAGCCCCGGAAGGCAUUCGAUAUGAUCAGCCAGCGGGCCGCAGGGGGCAAGCACAACAGUAGCUCCCAGCUGGGCACUGGCAGAGGGACCCUACGGCUACGGGCCAAGGGACCGGCCACCGUGGAGGAGCAGCUGUCUGCGUUUGAGGAGAGGGCGAUUGAGAAGGUGGACGACCUGCUGGAGAGCUACAUGGGCAUCCGCGACACGGAGCUGGCUGCCACCAUGGUAGAGCUGGGGAAGGACAAGGGGAACCCGGAUGAGUUCGCGGAGGCGCUGGAUGAGCGGCUGGGUGACUUCGCCUUCCCCGACGAGUUCGUCUUUGACGUGUGGGGCGCCAUUGGGGAUGCCAAGGUUGGGCGCUACUAGGACUCUGCGGGACUGCCCUGCUCUGCCCACCCUGGAUCUGCUGUGCCCUUGGGCUGGGCAAGGGCGUGCUGGGUUGCUGCCCUCAUGUGGACCAGGGGGUAAGGGAUACACCACGGGCCCGGCUCUGUGCCUGGCUCCAGCACUGCUGUGGCAAAAACUCCAGCUCCGGCUCCUCGUCCCUCCCCUUCACCUAGGGCCCUGGGUGCACUUCUCUAUGGCCAGCCCUUCCUGACUGUACCUGGAGCCGCAUGGGAGCCGGGCUCUGGGCUCUUCUCCUCUCUCCCCCCCAGUACUAGAGGCGGCGGAGGGGACAGCUGCUGGGCAUUAUCAAGCAAUAAGCUGAGCCAUUGUGUGCCCCUGCCGAAGGCUGCAGGGAGGUGGGGAUUGGCCAGGCCCUUGGGGUGCUCCCUCCCCAGUCCCGGGGGGCAGCAGGGGAGUGAGGGGGGCCAGCUGCACUGCUCCCUGGGGUGGAGCAGGGUGUGUCCUGGCACCUGCAGGGCCUGGCACCCCUCUUCAGUCAUCAGGGUAACCUCCUGGCCGCUGCUGGGGCGUCCCUCGACUGUACCUCUGCCUGGGCGUAGCCUCCCGCCGGGCAGUAACCCCGGUGCCUUGAAACUAACCCCGGUGCCUGUGUUCCACGUGUGGGUGUUUGCCAGCAGCGGCCCCCAUGCCCGUAUGGUACACCCACCCCGCUGCCUGUCAGCACCCAUCUAACCACUAACAGGAGCGAGGCCGCCCCGGGCGGGCUGCGGCUGGCAGAGUGCCCGCAACAGCCUGCUCGCUCCUCCCGAGCUCACUCCAGCCCCCCGCCCUGCUGCUCUGUUGGUACUGUACUGCCCUCUCCCUUCACCUGCUUUAAUCCUUCCUCCUCCCGCCAUGGAGCCCUGGGCAGCGAGGGGCUGGCAGGGGCAGGCAGCGUGUGGGGCUGCAGCCCCGAGCAAUGCCGAGAUCCCUUGUUCCCCUCAAAGGCAGCAUGAGAGUGGGAGCUGCUGCUAACUCGAGGGGAGACAGCUCACUCCCAUCCCCUCACCCUGCUCCCCUUGUUACCCCCCCCCCCCCCCCCCCGAAAGGAAUCAACAGCCUGCAAUGCUCCCCCUGGCCAGAGUUCCUGUCCCCCACUGCGCCCCCUGCUGGCAGAAGCUGUCUAGUGCAUUCAGGCUCUGUCACAGCUGAGCACCAUUGCCCUGGGACCCCACCUCCGCUUACCUGCUGCCAGAAAGGCCCUGCCCACCUACCACAGUGGAAUAGCCCCAGGGCCCAGGCUGGGGUCUGCUCCUGCCCUGCAGGGAGGGUGGGUCCCUGCUCCAGCCCCAGACCCACAGGGGGCAGCAGCAUUCCCCUGGAGCAGCUCGGGAAUGACUGGGCGGCUCUUGUCACGCAUCUGUUCCUGAGGCUGGAGCCCUGCGCUCCCCUGGCUGUGCUGUUAACACCCCACAUUCACAGCAGCUGGUCUCUGCUCCUGGCUUGUAGGCGGUGGGUGAGUUGGACAGGGCCGUGACAGCCAGGCAGCCCCCACCCUUACUGCUGCCCCUGGAGCAUCGCAGCCCUGGGGGGUGGUCAGAGGGUUAAAUCCAUCCGCUGCCUCCUCUCCUACCUCCUGCUAAAAACCACCCCGCACAAUCAGGCCACGCAGAAGCCCUGUGCCAGUCAGGGGCCUGUUCUAUUCACAGCCCCCCAGCCCACUCUCCAUUCCCUUGGGGGGGGGUUUGAAUUGACCCCCCCCCCCCCCCCCCGGGGCAGGUGCACCAGGCCCUUCAGGUUGUAUACGCCAAUGGGUCUUGUGGGCUUUCUAGCUGAUCUGGGCUUCCCCCCCACCCCCCUGGACUCAGCCAGGCUCCCCUACCUGCUUCAUGCUGCUCUGACUUCCUGUGUAAAGAGAUUGUCACCCCCUAUUCUGCUGUGGGGGGGCACCCUACUCCCUUUUUCCCCCACAUGCUGCUGGAGCCCACAGCGCCAAGCCCCAGCGCUGGCCCUAGUGUCCCAUCCAUAAGGCAGGCGGGUGGGUUAAUCAUCUCUCCUAGCGUUUACACUUUGUGAUGAUUAACUGCUCCCGGAGCCCAUUGGGGGGUUUCCCUCACCAGUCUGAGCCUGUCGUAACACUGUCCCCCACAUCCCCCUCCGCAGUGUCCCAUGUGGGGUUAGGCUUAACACCUCCCCCUCACUCCUUAUUCUGGUGGGGGGGGGGGGGCGGGGGGCUGACACACACUGCUGCAUGGCUGGGGUCCCCUGGGGCAGGCUUGGAGUUUUUUGAGAUCCUUCUCUUAAAGAAGCCGUAGGGUCUAGGGGCUGGAUCCGGAUUCCUGGAUUCUCCCCCUGGCUCUGGGAGGUGGGGGGGCCCUAUGCAUUAGACCAGGGGCGUGAGAGACAGGACUCGUGGUUCUGUUCUCAGCUCUGCUGCCACCUCUCACCGUUGGGCAUGUCCCCUCCCCUCUCUGUCUUGUCUUAUCUGUUCACUCUGGAUCGGACUGACCUACCUCGCAGGGCGGGCGUGAGGAGGCGCAAUGUUUGUAAAGCGCCACGUGCUGCAAUAUUUAUAUCCCCUCCUGGCACUUGUCUUGGGGUGCAAGCUGGGAGCCCCAGGAUUGCUCCCUGUUUCCUAGCUUCUUCAGUCACUCUCCAGCCCUCCGGCACCUACUGUAUCCACGACACUAAGCCCAGCACUGGUGCUUGGGCCUGGACCCCGGCUCACAGAGGAGUGAGCAAAGCAAGGGACUUGGAGGGGGCGGUUCCAUUGCGAGGGAGAGUGAUUCUUCCCCCCCCCCCCCCCCCCCGGCUGAGCAGGGCUUGGUCAGGGUCAGGAGUCCCAGAGAGCAAGGCCCCUGCGCUCCCCCUCAUGCUGUGAUGGAAGUGAGCUGUGACCCCCUACGCUGAACCCUGGUCCCCUGGGAGCUGCUGACGAGGGGCAGAUCCCCCAUCCUCCCAGGCCCUAUUUUUGUAUUUUACCUGUAAAGCAUCUUUAACAUAAAAAUAUAUCAACUCUA